UUUAGUUGCAAGAAAGCCAGCACACCACUUAAGACUUGCAAUACAGAACUAGGUUUUAUACAAGAGAAAAAAUGGGAAGAAUAAUAAUUUUGCAUGGUAACCUUUACGGGAAAGUGGGUUUUCACUUUAAACUGAGUUGGAUUCUAGAAAAGCUAUUGUUUUUUAGAUCUGUCCAAAUUUUGCAUAUCCAAUGCAACCCAAGAAAGGUUUUUCAUUUCCUGUCAUAUUUGGUUUUUUUCCUAGUUCAGCUCUCAUCCCAUAUGUUUCCGCAUAAUCUUUUUUAUACCUUUCCUUUAUUUUAUACUGAAAGCAUUGUAAUUGUUAACAGCAGGAGAACUACAUCUACUUUUCCUUUUAACAGCUUUUAGUUAUACUAAACAGCAGCUAAAACCUGGCUUGCCUCAUAAAAGCCUAAUAUAGACUAAGCUAAGCAUUUUGUUUUGCUGUUAGAACAGUUUAUAAGAUCUCUCUUGGUACAAACUUGGUACAAACUCUCUCAGAUUUCAUAAGAAGCAAGAGCCAACACAACAUACCAUGUUCCAGCUGUAUAUAGCUGUAAUAUUGCAGUUUGCCAAUGCUGGAACAAAGACGGUUAAGGCUGGGAAACAGGGCAACUAAAAAGAAGUACAAUAAGGCACAGCCAAAGUAUCCUGAUGGUGAUCAAUCACUGAUUUGCAUCAAGGAUCAACAAGCAAACAGAUCACCAACGGGUGCUUUUGUCAGUUUUAUUGUGCCAUUUAAUAUCACACUUGAAAAAGGCAGCAAGAACUGGGAUUAUAGGGAGUCUUCAACUCACAACCAUUCACACUUGAAUUUACAAUAUUUAUUUAUUUAUUUAUUUAUUAUUUUAAUUUUUAUACCGCCCUUCUCCCAAAGGUCUCAGGGCGGUUUAAAUGGUACUUUAAAAUGUGACAUGACUUUUUCACACAACGGUUGCAGUAUCCCAUGGUCACAUGAUCAAAAUUUGGACACUUCGCAACUGACAUGUAUUUAUGAAGGUAGCAUUAUCCCUUGCAUUUCUUUAAACAAAGCAUUCGAGAUGGUUAAAGGUUUUCUGUUAAAUGUGUAGAUUUUAUACAUGAAAACUUUGUUUAAAGAAAACUUUCUCCAAGAUUUAGGCAUUAGGUUUGGAAUCUUGCCACAAAAACAUACUGGGAAAAUUUCCUUAGUAGUUUAUGUACAGUAUUUGUCACCUUGAGCAUAUGGACAAAUUUUUCAUUGCAGUAUUGCAAUUUGGCGAAAUUGUAAGGAACAGAGUUAGAAAUACUUGUGAGCUAGAUUAAGGGCUACCUAAAAGGUAAAGGUUCCCCUCGCAUAUAUGUGCUAGUCGUUUCCGAAGAGCCAGCGCUGUCCGAAGACCCAGCGCUGUCCGAAGACAUCUCCGUGGUCAUGUGGCCAGUGUAACUCAAUGCCAAAGGCGCAUGGAACGCUGUUACCUUCCCACCAAAGGUGGUCCCUAUUUUUCUACUUGCAUUUUUUACAUGCUUUCGAACUGCUAGGUUGGCAGAAGCUGGGACAAGUAACGGGAGCUCAUCCUGUUACGCAGCACUAGGGAUUCGUACCGCUGAACUGUAGACCUUUCGAUUGACAAGCUCAACGUCUUAGCCACUGAGCCACCGCGUCCCUUUUAAGGGCUACCUGCUGACCAGCAAUAAGUAAUAGUCCUCCACCUUAGAGUCUUUUAAGACAUGUGGACUCUCCAAGGAAUUCUGGGGGUUGAAGUCCACACAUCUUAGUUGCUAAGGUUGAGAAACAUUGUUUAGCAUCACUAGGUAGCAUGUUGAAGGCAAGUUGCUCCUGAUCCUUGGAACUCUGCCUAGAACACAGGGGGAGAAGGGAUUUCUCCAAGUAUUUAGCCCCAUGUGUGGAGGGUUUUCUUCCCUGCCUCACGUGACCCAAGGCAGAGGCUCAAACACAUUACACAAUAAUCAAAAAAUGCCUCUGGCAAAGCUGAGCCAAAAAAACAAGCUGCUGGAAGAAACUGGGAUGCAGAUGCAAGGCAGCCACUUCAGCAAACUAUAUUUGAGAAGGCACGCUUCAUUUAAAGGAAGUGCUUUGUGGCAGUAACUCCCAACAAAAGUAGACAACAAGGUCCAGCUGAAGGAGAUUUGUUUUAAGAUUCAGCAGAUUUCCGACUGGAUGUCAGGGGCUGCUUGAAGACAGUGGUGCUGGUAUCACCAUGAUCUUCCUCUUUCUGGUUGCCUGGAUUGCUCCAAGUAUAAUUAAUCUAUUUCUCAGUAGCUUUGCCAAAGCAGACGUUGAGAAAAAUCCCAAGCAAGUAAUCUGCAGUGUGCUAGGACCACAAGGCCCUCCAGGUGCUCCCGGAGCUCCGGGUGCUCCUGGGACUAUAGGGAGGAUGGGUUUUCCAGGAAAAGAUGGACGAGAUGGAGAAGAUGGACAGAAAGGAGAGCCAGGGGAUGAAGGUACCCAAGGCAGGACGGGAAAUCCAGGCCAGCCAGGAUCAAAAGGGAAACCAGGAGCUAUUGGCAAAGCUGGUCUCCGUGGCUUAAAAGGCCCCAAGGGCCCCACUGGAAAAAGUGGGGGCCCUGGAAAGAAAGGUCCCCGAGGAGGCUAUGGAGACCUUGGGAUGUCUGGCCCUUGCAAAUGCAACGUCAAGAAAGCCAGAUCAGCUUUCUCUGUUGCUGUGACCAAUAGUUACCCAAAAGAGAGACUGCCCAUCAAAUUUGACAGGAUCCUCAUGAACGAAGGUGGAAAUUACAACGCUUCCAGUGGGAAAUUUAUAUGCAACAUCCCUGGCGUCUAUUAUUUCACUUAUGAUAUCACACUGGCCAAUAAACACUUGGCUAUUGGGUUGGUGUAUAAUGGUCAGUACAAAAUAAAGACAUUUGAUGCCAAUACCGGGAAUCAUGACAUUGCUUCUGGAUCGACAAUUCUUUCCCUAAAGCAGAAGGAUGAGGUGUGGCUGCAAAUAUUUUACUCAGAACAGAAUGGACUGUUCUAUGAUCCCUACUGGACAGAUAGCAUUUUUACUGGCUUUAUGAUAUACGCUGAUCAGGAUUAUCUCAACAAUCUAUAAAAGGGAUUGCCAACCUCAACCAACCUAAUGGGAG